AUGGCUCUUCGACGUGUCACGUGUUUGGUGCUGCUUUGCGUACUGCUUCCCCCGUUCGCCACGCCACAUCCGCUCGGGCGUGCUGCACCAUCGGACCAACCAGCCGACCAGACGGGUGACAAUUUCGAGGGUGACAUACUGCUGUCGGACGAGCAGCAGAAAGAGAUGCGGAAGCGUACUGGCAUGUACCUUCCCACGUUUAUCUGGCCCGACCGUACCGUGCCGUACGAAAUAGUGUCCACCGAUUUUACACUCGAACAGACGACCGCCAUCACGACGGCAAUGCGUACUAUCGAACAGCACACCUGCGUACGGUUUGUCCCAGCCACUGCCACGACUGCGGAUUACGUGCGCAUUGCGGGUGGCGGCUCUGGCUGUUCAUCGUUUGUCGGACGUAUUCGCGGUGCGCAGGCACUGCGCCUACAACCGAGCAGCGUCGGGACGGGAUGCUUCACGCAAGGUACGAUUGUGCACGAGCUAAUUCACGCACUCGGAUUCUACCACAUGCAAAGCGCGACCGAACGCGACCUGUACGUGGACAUCCUCUGGCAGAACAUUGUACCGGGGCGGGAGGGUAACUUCCAGUCGUACGGCACGGAUCGCAUUAUCAAUUACGGUGUCGGGUAUGACUAUGGUAGCGUGAUGCACUACAAUACGCACGCGUUCAGUGCGAACGGGCUGCCGACGGUCGUACCGAAGGUGGCAAACGUGGCGAUCGGGCAGCGGGUCGCGAUGAGUUCGGGCGAUAUACAGCGGAUUCGAAAUAUGUACGGGUGCUGAGCACUGGCGGGAGUAUUCGCAAGGAUGUGUAUUCAUGCCUGAAGCCUUGUUGUUCGUAUAUUACGGGUAACAUUGCAAGAGCAGGUGCCAUUGUUUUGGGCACACUCGGUCGAAAACAUAGGAAAAUAGCUAUGAUUAUAGUAAGGUGUAAUAGGAGUGAACUAGAAGAUAUUGUGAAUAAAACACUGUACAAAUUUAAUGAACAUCUAAAUCGCACACAAUUUCAAAAAUUACUAGAGCUUGACU